AAACAUGAAUUCUGGAAUCUUACAGGUCUUUCAGAGGGAACUCAUCUGCCCCAUGUGCAUGAACUACUUCAUAGACCCAGUCACCAUAGACUGUGGGCACAGCUUUUGCAGGCCUUGUUUCUACCUCAACUGGCAAGACAUCCCAUUUCUUGUCCAUUGCUCUGAAUGCACAAAGUCAGCAGAGCAGAUAAACCUCAAAACCAACAUUCAUUUGAAGAAGAUGGCUUCUCUUGCCAGAAAAGUCAGUCUCUGGCUAUUCCUGAGCUCUGAGGAGCAAAUGUGUGGCAUUCACAGGGAGACAAAGAAGAUAUUCUGUGAAGUGGACAGGAGCCUGCUCUGUUUGCUGUGUUCCAGCUCUCAGGAGCACCGGUAUCACAGACACCGUCCCAUUGAGUGGGCUGCUGAGGAACACCGGGAGAAGCUUUUACAGAAAAUGCAGUCUUUGUGGGAAAAAGCUUGUGAAAAUCACAGAAACCUGAAUGUGGAAACCACCAGAACCAGAUGCUGGAAGGCUUUUGGAGACAUAUUACACAGGAGUGAGUCCGUGCUGCUGCACAUGCCCCAGCCUCUGAAUCCAGAGCUCAGUGCAGGGCCCAUCACUGGACUGAGGGACAGGCUCAACCAAUUCCGAGUGCAUAUUACUCUGCAUCAUGAAGAAGCCAACAGUGAUACCUUUCUAUAUGAAAUUUUGAGAAGCAUGUGUAUUGGAUGUGACCAUCAAGAUGUACCCUAUUUCACUGCAACACCUAGAAGUUUUCUUGCAUGGGGUGCUCAGACUUUCACCUCGGGCAAAUAUUACUGGGAGGUCCAUGUAGGGGACUCCUGGAAUUGGGCUUUUGGUGUCUGUAAUAUGUAUUGGAAAGAGAAGAAUCAGAAUGAGAAGAUAGAUGGAGAGAAGGGACUCUUUCUUCUUGGGUGUGUUAAGAAUGACAUUCAAUGCAGUCUCUUUACCACCUCCCCACUUAUGCUGCAAUAUAUCCCAAAACCUACCAGCCGAGUAGGAUUAUUCCUGGAUUGUGAGGCUAAGACUGUGAGCUUUGUUGAUGUUAAUCAAAGCUCCCUAAUAUACACCAUCCCUAAUUGCUCUUUCUCACCUCCUCUCAGGCCUAUCUUUUGCUGUAUUCACUUCUGACCAGAGACAAAUCAGAAAUGUGUUCACAUGCUGUGGGAACCCCUUUAUCCCAGGAAGUCCUCUUCCUUGUGCCUUAACAUACAGGACAAAUAGGCUCUAUUUUAUGUCUUG